AUGGUGAACGCAGUGGUAGCGGUGGUGGUACUAAAAAUAGUGGUGGUUAUGAUAGUCAUAGUGGCUGUGAUAGUGGUAAUGGUGUUGGUAAUGGUAGUGGUAGUCGGUUGUGAAAGUGGUAGUGGUGACGGUAAUGCUGGUGGUAGCGGUAGUGGUGGUGGUGGUAAUGGUGGUGCUAAUGGUAGUGGUAGUGGUAAUAAUGGUGGUAAUGUAGCGUUAGUGGUAGUGGCAGUGAUAGUGAUAAUCUCGUGGUGGUAAUGUUAGUGCUAGUGGUAUUGGUGGUGGUAGCGAUAAUGGUGGUGGUAAUGGUAAUGGUAGUGAUAUAGUGUUAUUGGCAGUGGUAGUGGUAGUGAUAAUGGUGGUGGUAUUGGUAGUGGUAAGUGAUACUGGUAGUGGCAUUGAUAGUGAUAAUGGUGGUGGUAGCGGUAGUGGUAGUGGUAGUGGUAGUGGUAGUGUUAGUGGUAGUGGCAAUGAUAGUGAAAAUGGUGGUGGUAAUGGUAGUGGCAGUGAAAGUGAUAAUGGUGGUGAUAAUGGUAGUGGUAGUGAUAAUGGUGGUGGUAAUGUUAAUGGAAGUGGUAGCAAAACUUAG